CUCAAGAUGCUUUUGUGACUUUCAUUCAACGCAGAGCAGCUGUUCCUAUUGGCUGUUCCCAUGUGACGUCAUGAUAAAGUUGCGUUUCUGUCGCGUCGCGUCUUGUGUGGAGUUGAAGGAGAGUCAGUGUUCAUCACUCGAUACUUUGAGCGCUUCUGUGAAAAUAUUUGAACAAAAGAGACGCUCAUUUCAGCGGAUCCCAUGUGUUUGGACGGGUCGUAAAACUUUUGUUUAAAGGUGGUGUUUCCAGUAAUGAUGUCAUCCUGUAGUCCUCUUCUAUUGGCUGUGUCAUGCUGUUUGAUUGCUCUGACAUUAUCACUCAACCUGGAUGACCCUAAUGUCUGCAGUCACUGGGAGAGUUACUCAGUAACCGUGCAGGAGUCGUACGCUCACCCGUUUGAUCAGAUUUACUACACCAGCUGCGCAGACAUCCUCAACUGGUUCAAAUGCACUCAGCACAGGGUGAGCUACAGGACGGCCUACCGCAGGGGAGAGAAGACGAUGCAUCGCCGCAAGUCUCAGUGCUGCCCAGGCUUCUAUGAAAGCAGAGAUAUAUGUGUUCCCCACUGUGCUGAGAAAUGUGUGCAUGGCCGUUGUGUGGCCCCCAACACCUGUCAGUGUGAGCCAGGCUGGGGAGGGGCCGACUGCUCCAGCGCAUGUGAUCAUGAUCACUGGGGUCCGCACUGCAGAAGUCGCUGUCAGUGUAAGAACAAGGCACUGUGUAACCCCAUCACCGGAGCAUGCAUCUGUGCACCUGGCUACCGCGGCUGGCGCUGUGAGGACCUAUGUGAGCAUUCCACCUAUGGCAGCAACUGCCAACAGAAAUGUCUGUGCCAGAACAACGCCACAUGCCAUCACAUCACAGGAGAGUGUGUGUGCAGCCCAGGAUACACGGGAGCGUUCUGUGAGGACUUGUGCCCUCCAGGGAAACAUGGGCGGCAGUGCGAGGAGCGCUGCCCCUGUCAGAACGGUGGCGUGUGUCAUCAUGUGACUGGAGAAUGUUCCUGCCCGGCUGGCUGGAUGGGAGCAGUGUGUGGACAGCCGUGUCCGGCGGGACGCUUUGGUAAGAACUGCUCGCAGGAGUGUCAGUGUCAUAAUGGAGGAAGCUGUGCUCCAUCCACUGGACAGUGUGUGUGUAGCGCAGGAUACACAGGAGAGAGGUGUCAGGAUCAGUGCCCGGUUGGCACAUAUGGCAUUGGUUGCAGCCAGACGUGUGGCUGUGUGAACGGCGCCCAUUGCUAUCACGUGAGUGGAGCCUGUCUGUGCGAGCCGGGAUACACGGGUGAAAGCUGCGAGGAACGCAUCUGUCCGGACGGUCUGUACGGCCUCAAGUGUGACAGGAAGUGCCCUUGUCAUGCCAAUAACACACACAGCUGCCACCCCAUGUCGGGUGAAUGUUCAUGCCUGUCGGGCUGGUCUGGGUUGUACUGUAACGAGACGUGCACUCCUGGUUUCUAUGGGGAGGCGUGUCAGGAGGUCUGUCACUGUCAGAAUGGAGCUGACUGCCACAGCGUGAGCGGGGAAUGUGUCUGUGCGCCAGGAUAUAAGGGCUCAGAUUGCUCCACAGCCUGCCCCACGGGCACAUACGGCAUCAACUGCACCUCUCUGUGCUCCUGUAAGAACAGAGCCAUUUGCUCACCCAUCGAUGGAUCCUGUUCCUGUCAAGCAGGGUGGCAUGGGGUGGACUGCUCAGUUAACUGCCCCAGUGGCACCUGGGGUCUGGGCUGUAACUUGACGUGUGUGUGCAGUAAUGGAGGUGCUUGCGACGCUCUGGAUGGGAGGUGCACGUGUACUCCAGGCUGGAGAGGAGACAGAUGUGAUCAACACUGUCAGGACGGGACAUAUGGAUUGGACUGUCGUGAGCGCUGUGACUGCAGUCAUGCGGAUGGGUGUCACCCCUCAACCGGACACUGCCGGUGUCUGGCCGGCUGGACAGGCAUUCACUGUGACAGCAUGUGUGCUGAGGGUCGCUGGGGGCCGAACUGCUCCCUGUCCUGUAACUGUAAGAAUGGAGCGUCGUGCUCACCCGACGAGGGUGCGUGCGAGUGCGCGCCUGGAUUCAGAGGAACCACCUGUCAGCGCAUCUGUUCUCCGGGUUUCUUUGGCCACCGCUGUAGCCAGGCAUGUCCACAUUGCGUCCACAGCAGUGGCCCCUGUCACCAUGUGACCGGCCAGUGUGACUGUCAGCCUGGUUUUAAAGGGGCUCUCUGCAACGAAGUGUGUCCCAGUGGCAGGUUUGGCAAGAACUGUGCGUGGAGCUGCACCUGCACUAAUAACGGCACAUGUAAACCCUUCGACGGCUCGUGUCAGUGUUACCCCGGCUGGAUCGGCAGUGACUGCUCACAGCCGUGUCCUCCGGGUCAGUGGGGUCCCGACUGCAUCCACACUUGUAACUGCCACAACGGGGCGUUCUGCAGCGCUUAUGAUGGCGAGUGUAAGUGUACGGCUGGCUGGACGGGGCUGUACUGUACACAACGCUGUCCCUUGGGCUUCUACGGUAAGGAUUGUGUGCUGUUGUGCCAGUGUGAGAAUGGCGCAGACUGUGAUCAUAUCUCCGGUCAUUGCACGUGCCGCACUGGCUUCAUGGGACGCCACUGUGAACAGAAAUGUCCUGCGGGAACGUACGGAUACGGCUGCCGGCAGGUGUGUGAUUGUCUCAAUAACUCCACCUGUGAUCACAUGACUGGCACCUGCUACUGUAAUCCUGGCUGGAAAGGCACACGCUGUGACCAGGCUGGCGUGAUCAUUGUAGGGAAUCUCAACAGUUUGACGAGUGCCGCUGUGCCUGUGGACUCGUAUCAGAUUAGUGCUAUUGCAGGAAUCAUCGUCCUGGUACUUCUUGUGCUCAUCCUCCUCCUCCUCUUCAUCAUUUACCGCAAGAAACAGAAAGGCAAAGAUUCCACAAUGCCUGCGGUCACAUACACACCCACCAUCAGGGCCAACACCGAUUACGCCAUCGCAGAGUCGCUCCCGCAGACUGAUGUCCUUCCCAACAGUAACUAUUUCUCCAACCCCAGCUACCACACGCUGACCCAGUGCAGCAGCCCGCCUCACAUCAAUAACCUCCCCUAUGGAAAGCCGAAGAACAACCAAUUGUUUGUGAACCUGAAGAACGCUGAGCCAAGGAAACGGCUUUCCCUGCUUGAUCACACAGGAACUCUGCCGGCCGACUGGAAGCAGGGCGGAUCCUUCAAUGAGCUUGGAGCUUAUGGAGUUGACAGGCGUUACAUGGGAAAAUCACUUCGAGAUCUUGUGAAAAGUGUGCCCUAUCAUGCCAGUUCCUGCUCUCUCAAUAGUUCAGAGAACCCGUACGCCACCAUCAAAGACCCUCCUCUGCUGCUGACCAAGAGCUCUGAGUGCGGUUAUGUGGAGAUGAAGUCACCUGCUCACAGAGAUUCACCGUAUGCUGAGAUACACGCCUCCAGCCCUGCCAACAAAAACGUCUACGAAGUUGAGCCGACUAUCAGUUCUGUUCACACGCUCUCUAACAACAGCUGUAAUGGGCCGUUUUGUCAAGAUCCAUAUGACCUACCAAAGAACAGCCACAUCCCAUGUCAUUAUGACCUACUGCCCACGAGAGACAGCAGCCCCUCGCCCCAUGAAGACACAGACAGCAAAUAAAUGCUCACAGACUUCAUUAACGGAUCAUCCACAGCACUCCAUUAACAAUUUUAUUGAUGUUAUUGUUGUCAUUUAUCAUUAUAAAAAUUCUUAAUUACUUCUGGCUUACAAAUUUUGAAUAGUUCUUGUCAAAACUAUUUUUCAAAGUUGUCUUAGUUGCACUUGUCCUGUGAAGAACAAGAGAGUGAGAGUUCCCAAACAUUCCCAAUAUUCAGCUUGAUUCAUGUGAGCAUAAAUGACUCAUUCAAUUCAUUAAUAACCACAUAUCACACAAAUACAAGACAAUCCUCAAUGUUUCUGAAAAGAUAUAUGUGAGAUUAUUCUCAAUUACAGUUUUCUGUUUCUUUCAUUAUGAUAUUUAGUAUAUUUAGUACUGUUUAUUGAGACUAGACUGUUGGCUCAAUGUUUCUGUUGGAUUUUUGUUUUUGUUUUGUUUUUUUUUGUCCGAAAAUAUUUCAGGUUUACCAAAGGUUGUCAUGCCCUGUUAAAGCACUGACAUUGUAUUUAUAUUGACAGCUGCCCAUAUAGUUUACAGUCACAAGUUUCAACAUUAACAUCAUUUUUUGGCUUGCGCCUUUUGAUUUUAGUUCUAUAAAACGUGAUCACUGAAAUGAAGGACAAAUACUUUAUAGUGUGUAGUACUUUAUAGUUUUAAAGCUAAAGCUAAAGCUGGACUUUUGCGAAGAAAGACAAAUCUUAAAGUUGAUGUGAUGGGGACAGUUUCAUAUGAAUACAUUUUUGGAGUAUUUAGGACAUACAUUCAUAUGUGUUAUGAGUCUUAAAGCACUCUGAGCCUGAACUUUAAUUGUAAAAAAAAAAAACCUGUACAUAGUACCAGUUCUUUUAAUUGCAUUUAUAAAAAUUAACAUAUUCCUAAAUUCCUUUAUAACUUGACCAAUAUUGUUCAGAACAGGACAAGCAGUGAAGUCUCAUCCUUUACUGACUGGACCUCGGUAUACUGUUUUCCAUACAAUUUAUUAUUAUUUUAUUUUUAUUUUUAUUUUUUUGCAAUUUAGUUCACUAAAUAUGCCACACACAAAAAAAUGAUUAAUAAUACUGAUUCCAAAAACAACUGAGUGUGUAUGAGUGUGUGCUGUAUGUAUCUUAAAACUGUAUCUUUGUUUUGCUUUUCUCAUGAUUUUUUAAAUAAAUGCACAAAAGUUACACAA